AUGAACAUAGCAGUCCUGACACGUCGAGACAUGGCAGCUGCCCCAAUAAAUAGACUGCUGAAAUGGCUUGCUGUUGCUGAUGUGUUCGUCAUGAUUGAAUAUGUACCUUUUGUAGUAUAUAGACAUUUGGUACUACCGGAAAAAUUGGAUUUCCCGUACUCAUGGGCAAUGUACCUGCUUUUCCAUAUGCAUUUCGCUCAGAUAUUCCACACGGCAUCCAUAUGUCUUACUUUAUCUCUAGCUAUAUGGAGGUAUUUGGCGAUUAAUUACUCUGACAAAAGCCACAUACUGUGUACGGAACGACGGUGCAGCAUAGCAAUAUUAACGAGCUUCCUAUUGCCGCCUAUAUUAUGUGCGCCUACCUUUAUGGUGUUUGAUAUUCACACGAAGAACGUCACAGACAAGUUUGGAAAUCCUGAUAUUGCGUACCACGUCGACUCUGAUUAUCAAGGGACUUUGUAUCAAGCUAACUUUUGGGUUCAUGGUGUAGUGAUAAAACUGUUGCCUUGUUCGAUACUUACUGUUAUCAGUAUAUGGCUUAUAAGAGCUCUAUACCAAGCGAACCAACAUCAAAAGAAACUAAGAAAUUACAACUCCUGUCCUGCUGCAGAAAAAAUGGUCAAACGACAGCACAAGGCCGACAAAAGAACUGAUAGAACAACUAAGAUGCUCUUAGCAGUGCUACUACUGUUUCUUGUGACGGAGUUACCUCAAGGAAUAUUGGGUCUUAUGAGUGGGUUGUUAGGAUGGUGUUUCUUCAAGCGAUGUUAUGAUCUAUUUGGAGAGCUGAUGGACUUCCUGGCACUAUUGAACGGGGCUAUCAAUUUUAUCCUGUAUUGUUCCAUGUCAAGACAGUUUCGACAGACUUUCCGACAGAUGUUGCUCCAGCCUCCUUUGGCGAGAUUCUUACCACCUACGGCUUCACAUUCGGAGUCUAAUAACCAGAACACGUGCACGGUUAAGAUAAAAAGGUAA